AUCCCAGGCCUGUAGGCUAGACUGGGAAGUUGAAGGCGAUGGCAAGGCACUUCUGUACCGCUGCCAAGAAAACUACCCGGCUCUGGCCGUGGAAGCGCCAGGAGCCGCGCUCGGGAGGAGGGACUCUCCCUUUGGGUUUAACCCGGCCUGCAAUCCGGCUCGUUGAGGUCAACACCGCUUCCAGUCUGGACUAGCAGCACGCCGGGAGUCCACAGGGAUCCUUCUUCUCGUAAAGUGAAAGCCCUCCUGAUGGAAGAAGUGCACUUUGCUUUUUUUCCCCCCCUUCUUUUUCUUCUAACCACUCUGGAAAAAUAAAUGUCAGCGCUUGGUGAAGUUCAAGAAAAGAUCUGGAAGCGGUGGAAAAGGAAAACAAAACCCAAAAAACCCAAAAGACAGUUGUCUUAUGAAAAUAAAAACCAAGCCUCCCCCACUUCAUUCAUGAUGUUUGUUUAAUUGGACGAAGAACCUCAUCCUGAGAGCGCCAAGGGGGGAAAGAGUGCUUCUCUCUUUUGAGUUCUUCAUUUUCUUUUUUAAAGAAGAGAUCCGUCAAGAAGAGCAUAGAAGAAGAGGAGGAGGAAGACGACCGCUCCCCCUCCUCUGCUCCCCCCUACCCAAGUCCAGCUCUCCGGGCGAUGACCGUGUAAAUGCCAGGGCAAUGUCCCGUCGCAAGCAGGGGAACCCGCAGCACUUAUCACAAAGGGAAAUUAUCACGCCAGAGGCUGACCACGUGGACACUGCCAUCAUCACCCACGAGGAUGACAGCCUAGCACUAGGAGAGCCGGUUGGGCUCAGCAUUGCAGUGGGUGGAACAGACCCUGACCUAUUAACCUGUGGACAGUGUCAGAUGAACUUUCCCCUUGGAGACAUCUUGGUUUUUAUAGAGCACAAGAAGAAACAGUGCCAUGGCGCUGGUGGUGCCUGCUAUGAAAAGAACGUGGAUAAGAGCAGUCCUCCCCCUCCAUCACGCUCCGAGCUCAGGAAAGUGUCAGAGCCAGUGGAAAUCGGGAUCCAAGUCACACCCGAUGAAGAAGACCGUGUUCUCACGCCUACAAAAGGAAUUUGCCCCAAGCAGGAGAACAUUGCAGGGCCGUCCAGGCCUGCAAAGCUGCCGGCGGCCUCCAUAACUGCCUCCUCCCACCCUCACGCAUCAGUGAUCGCACCGCCACCUCUCCGUGCUCUAACCUCAGUCCCGCCCUGCCUGAGCCUGCCCUGCUGUGGUGCGCGCGCAAUCUCAGUUGGCGGGUCUCAGAGUGAGACAUCAGGCACAUUUGGAUGUCAUUGUCAGUUGUCAGGUAAAGAUGAGCCUUCAAGCUAUAUUUGCACAACAUGCAAGCACCCUUUUAAUAGCGCUUGGUUCUUGCUUCAGCAUGCCCAGAAUACACAUGGAUUCCGCAUCUACUUGGAAACUAGCCCUUCAAACAGCUCCCUUACUCCACGCAUCACCAUCCCUCCUCCUCUGGGACCAGAGACUGUUGCACAGUCCCCGCUGAUGAAUUUCCUAGGCGACAAUAACCCUUUUAGUCUCUUACGAAUGACAGGUCCCAUCCUGCGUGAUCAUCCUGGCUUUGGUGAAGGUCGGCUUCCCAACACACCUCCCCUCUUCAGUCCACCACCUCGCCAUCAUCUGGAUCCACAUCGCCUUAGUGCCGAAGAAAUGGGGUUAGUUGCCCAGCAUCCUAGUGCCUUUGACAGAGUCAUGCGUUUAAACCCCAUGGCAAUUGAGUCGCCCGCGAUGGAUUUCUCCAGAAGGCUUCGAGAACUGGCAGGAAACAAUUCCACCCCACCACCAGUCUCACCCAGUCGCAGCAACCCUAUGCAUCGCUUGUUGAAUCCUUUCCAGCCAAGCCCUAAAUCUCCUUUUCUGAACACCCCUCCAUUGCCACCAAUGCCUCCAAGCAGCACUACACCUCCUCAGCCUCAGGCAAAAAGUAAGUCCUGUGAAUUUUGUGGAAAAACCUUCAAGUUUCAGAGCAAUCUCAUUGUCCACCGGCGCAGUCACACAGGAGAGAAGCCCUAUAAAUGCCAACUCUGUGACCAUGCUUGUUCCCAAGCCAGCAAGUUAAAACGCCAUAUGAAAACGCAUAUGCACAAAGCUGGGUCCAUGACAGGGAGGUCCGAUGAUGGAUUGUCUGCCACAAGUUCCCCUGAGCCUGGCACAAGUGAACUUACUGGAGAGGGACUAAAGUCUAGUGAGGCGGAUUUCAGGAAUGAGAGUGAUCCUUCUCUAGGCCAUGACAAUGAAGAAGAAGAGGAGGAAGAGGAGGAGGAAGAGGAGCUGGAAAAUGAAAGUCGACCAGAGUCAAGCUUUAGCAUGGAUUCAGAACUAAGCCGUAACCGAGAGAAUGGUUCCAAAUCGCUGCCAGAUGAAAAAUCACUUGUCCUAGGAAAAGUGAUAGAGAAUGUAAGCCUUGGUACCAUCCAGCAAUACAGUGACAUGCUGGCUGAAAAGCAGAAAAGAGGUGGCUUCAUGAAAAGGUCUUCAGAUCAGCGAGAUCUCUGCCCUCGAGACCUUUGCCAGAGAGACACAGGUGAUGAAGACUCAGUAGCUGGAGAACUUGACCGCACUGAGGAAGGGACAGUGAAUGGGAGGAACUUUGGGCCAGGUGAACCCUUCCCAGGGCUGUUCCCUCGCAAGCCCACCCCUAUCACAAGCCCUAAUUUAAAUAAUUCCUCCAAAAGAAUAAAGAUAGAAAAAGAUUUGGACUUGCCACCAGCAACAAUAAUACCUUCCGAAAAUGUUUACUCUCAGUGGCUGGUAGGAUACGCAGCAUCAAGGCACUUCAUGAAGGAUCCAUUUCUAGGGUUCACAGACUCCCGACAAUCCCCCUUUGCGACUUCUUCUGAGCAUUCCUCAGAGAACGGAAGCCUGCGUUUCUCUACUCCACCAGGUGAUAUGCUGGAUGGUGGUCUCUCAGGGCGCAGUGGGACGGCAAGCGGAGGCAGCACUCCCCAUAUCAGUGGACCUGGUCCCGGUCGGCCCAGUUCAAAGGAAGGACGACGGAGUGACACGUGUGAAUACUGUGGCAAGGUCUUUAAGAACUGCAGUAACUUAACGGUGCAUCGCCGGAGCCACACAGGAGAGCGGCCUUACAAAUGUGAGCUCUGCAACUAUGCAUGUGCCCAGAGCAGUAAGCUGACACGUCAUAUGAAAACGCAUGGCCAGAUAGGGAAGGAGGUCUACCGCUGCGACAUUUGCCAGAUGCCCUUCAGUGUUUACAGCACCCUGGAGAAACACAUGAAAAAGUGGCAUGGCGAACACUUGCUGACAAAUGAUGUAAAAAUUGAGCAGGCAGAAAGAAGUUAAGCCCCCACUCCCCCCGGGUUAAAAGCAGGGGUCUAGGUAACGUUUAAGUUGUACAGUUUAACUAUUGCCAACUGAGAAAAGCUGACCUAACUUGCCUCCAUAAACAUAUCUUAGUGUAACCAUGGCAGGUGCCAGAAUUUGGCACUUAAAUAUAACCUGUGUCUACAAAGUUCUAUUAAACCUGAGGAUUGGUUAAGGCAGUAAAAAUUGUGAAGCCUUUUAACUGUGCAAUAAUUUCUGUAUUUAUUGGGUUAUUUUGUUUUUUGUUUCUGUUUUGGCAUGUGCAGGUACUUUUUUUAAAUACUUUUUUUUUUUUGGUUUUAGAUUUCCUUUUAAAUUUUGUUGGGUAUCCCAUUCUAGUUUUCCCCAAUAGUAACCUGAGAUUAUUUGCAUUACAAGGGGAGAUGCAUAUCAAUUUAAAUUAUAAUUUUAGAGGGCCGCUGCUUUGUUGAAUCUUAUGCUGAGCAUGUGUAAUUUCUUGUGAAGAAGCCAACAUUUUAUGUUUUUGUUGUUGCUGUUGUCCUUUAAAAAGAAAAAAGGAAAUCAUUUGAGAAUUAGGAAAUAUUAAAUAGUAUCGCGGAUAACAAUCUUAAAAUUUUAGCACUUUCUUUUGGAUUUGGAUUUAAAAUUUAGCACUGAUGAUGCCACUUAAAAUAGAGGCCUUUAUUUAAAAUAUUAUUUUUAACAGAUUCUAAAAUAAACAUUUUGAGAAAUAAAAAGAAAUGGGCACCAAAUUUUCUAAAGGCAGCUAUAAUAACAAAAGCAAUAGCAAAAAUUGUGCAUUAUUUUUAGGGACCUUGUUUUAAUGCCUUUUACUUUUCUGCCAUUUCUCUUACACAGUUCAUUAAAUAAAGAGAAACUGAGAGCCCUGAGCUUCAUGUGAAAAUUUUAGGAAGCAAAACAGAAAGAAAAGCUUGAUUUUUUUGCAGGCAUGCCACUUAUCCUUGUUCACAUUACUCAUUACAUACAUGAUAAUUGUCACCUGAUAACCUGACUACGUACAUUUACACUAACUGACCAUUCCAUACCAAUAUGCAGCAAAAGACUAGUGUGUUUUUAACUGAACACUAGUUUAAUUAGUAUACAUGUGUGAGUAUAUAUGUCCAUAGAGAAAUGCACACAUAAUAUGGGUAAAAUGAUAUUUUGAUUAUGACUGCCAUUCACUAAAGAAAACCACUCAAUCAGAUUAAAUCUGCAUACAUUUGUUUGAGACUAAACAAAAUGUUUGAAGAAAAAGGCAUAUUUUUUUUGUUUUUACAAUACGUUUAUAUGUUGCAGCAGGUGUUCAUUUUUGAGGAAUCAUUCCAUGUGUGUGAAAUGAAGGGGUACAUAGUGCAUGCUCUGCGUGCAGAAAGUUCCCAAUUCAAUUUCUGACAUUCCCCAGGUAGGGCUGGGAAAGAUCCAUUCCUGAAAUUCUGUAAAGCGUUGGUCAAUGUGGACAAUGCCAAACUAGACAGAUUUGCUAGAUAUCAGACAGCCUGUUUUAGUUGUUAAGGGAAAAUGCUUUUUCUUGUAUGAUCCUUACUGUCUGCGUUUUAUAAUUAUAUUUAAAAAAUCACUAACAAAAAAUUUGCCCAAUUAAUCACAGAUUUAUUUAUUUAUAUGGUACAGUUGUACCAUAUGCUGAGAAUAUUGUUCCUGAGAAUAAGCCCUGUUAAAGGUCGUGCAAUAUGCUUCUUAAGGCUAUCAAUUAAAGACUGCAACUCUAAAUCUUGAUUCAUUAUCAAACCAUCACUUUCUCAAAAUUUUGCCCUGAUUAAAUAGUUAUUGUUUAAUUAUAAAAUAGGUUAAUCUUUUUUCUCUUGUUCAUUCCAGUAUUCUUUUGAAAGAAAAUUUCACACAAUUUUAACACCUUGCGCCUUCCAUGCAAAGAAUUGGAUGCCAGCUAAUUAACUAAUGUAACAACAUGUACUUUAAACAAGAUGGACAAUAAACAGAAUUCUGUAGGUGUAGCUCAGUCACCAGAAAACUAGACAUUCACUUGAUAUAUAAUAUGCAAGGUUAGUAACUGAUUAAAGUACAGAAAGCAGAAGGAAUAAACCAUUAUUUACUACAAAUAGAAGUUGUGUAAUCUGACCCUUCCCCCAAGGAUUUAUUGCUGUGACCAGCAUUUUUAAACUGAUUCCUAUAUGAUUUAAAGUUGGGGAUGAGCAGUACAGUAGCCAAUUUGCUGAUGACAUUUCAUUAUUCUAGGUGGUUAAAACAACAAGGGACUGCAAAUUGCUCUAAUAGAGCUCUUUUCAAAUUGCAUAACUGGGCAUUAAGAUGGUCAUUGCAGUUCAGUAUAAAAAGUAUAAUAUGACCUUUCCCUAAUUUGAUGGAUAUUUUUAUGGGGCAUAGCUGGCACAGACUGACCCAGGAAAUGGGUUUUACAAAUAGUGACAGCUUAGUGAAAACACUGAGCCAGUGUGCAGCUCCUAUAAAAACAGUAACAGCAAAAGUCAUACUCCAUGGUGGGGAUCAUUAGGAAAGGAAUAAAGAAAUAAAUUUCCUGAUACUAUAGUUUAUUUGUAAGGAUACAUACAGUGAUUAUCUUCAUGAUGUGAUCACACUCAGAUGUCUGUGUAUGCUUCUGGCCACAGCAUCUCAAAAAAUCAUACUGGAAAAUGUGCAUGAAAGGCAACAAAAUUAUCAAGGGCAAGAGCAGUUGCUCUAUGAGGAGAUAUUACAUCUGGGACUUUUUAGCUUAGAUAAAAACAAGUGACUUGGGAGAAAGCAAACAUGUAUAAAAUUAUGCCUACUGUAGGGAAGUUUUUCUUUCAGUUAUUAGAAUCAGGAUUAUCCAGUAAGGUUGAAUGUUGUCAGAUUCAGUAUAAAUCGAAUCUGCUGUUACACAGUAGUGAUUUUCCCUCCCUUCCAAUUUAUAUGCCAAGUGGUUCAGAUAUUUGGUGUAGGAUUUCUUUAUCCAUAACUAGUAGACAUGUUGGCUUAAAAUUAUUUCCUGAAUCAAAGAUGGUAUGCUUAAGAAAACCAAUUGCUGUGGAGCAUAAGCAAGAGGUGCCAUGGGGUUCAUGUCUUACAAAUAGGAUUCUCAGAGAUAUCUGGCUGCCCCGUAAGAAGAGAGAACAGAACUUUUCAGUAUGAUUCUUAUGUGGUUUAAUGUAUUUUUUUUCUCUAAUCAGGGAGAAUUUUACUUGGAAUGUUUGUUAAGGGAAGGUAUGGUUAAGCAUGGUAAGGGAAAACUAAUGACUUCCAGUGUCACUAGAGCACUCUGAACCCCUGGAUGUAGGAAAAACAAAGAAGAAUAUUGCUUACAGAGCACUGCUUACAGAACAUGUUGCUCCAGAACACGAAAGGAAGUGAGCUAAAGCAGAUACUUCUCCUUCAGUCUAACCUCAGGAAUAGUUCUUUACCUGUUUCAAAUAUGGCAGUUUCACCUGCUUCAUUUACUGUUCCAAGGACUUCAUCAUCUCCAAAACCAAUUCCCAACAUUUAUAUAAAUCACACAGAGAUUUACAGCUUCAUUGUAGGAUCCCUUAAUUUCUGUUCUGGCAUUAAUCUCUGUGUUACCAUAAUUGAAUGGAGAAAAAGCAGGGCCAUGCCUGCUGGUUGCACCAGUGUAUUUCUUCUGAGCUCAUGCCUGUUUGGCUCUCUGUAAAUUAUGGAAACACUUUUUGAAGGGAGUCUGCUCUGCUUAGGCAGGCUCAGUCUAUGAUGUGGAACCCUGAUGAACAGAAUUCUAAAUCAGGAGAGGCUCAGGGCAUUUGAAAGGUGCUUUUAUGGACUUGCAUUUCUAUCACAUAGAAUGCAUGGGAGCAGAAUCAACAGAGUUCUCAUGAGAUCAUCUUCAGUCUUCCUCAGGCUUCUAGGAUAGUGCUUAAAUUGGGCUUAUAUUUAAAGUGCAUCUCUCUUUGAAAUGGCCAACUUAAAAGAACAACUGAUUAAACAGUAAGAUUAUAUGGCCCCCUAACUUUGCCCACUAUUUAGCAGAUACCAACUAGCAUAACAUCCAGUACCCUAAUAGUUUCCUUAGAAACAGCCUACCAGCCACAUAUGGUAGUUCACCAAAGGCUUCCUGUUUUGGCUGCUUGCCGGAGAUACAGAAGCAGAAAUUUUCAAGUACCUGGCAGGCCCCUAUAUUGCUGGUGAUUUGUAGUCAGCUUGUACAGAUUUCUAACUAAUGGCAUGCUGAAGCCAAUACAUAAGGCUGCUAAUCACCACAGUUAAACACUCAUGGGGAGGUUUGUUAGAAUAUUAGACCUCAAGAUUAGAAUGUAAGCAGCAUUUCUUCUAAAAAGUUGCUCUUGUAUGGUUGCAUGAAACAUGACACAACUUUCUAGACAAUCUUAACUUCAUAGUUUUUAAACUAGUGCAAGACAGGAGUAGACAAAAGGUAGAUCUUGGCCACAAAAAACUAGUGAAAGUAUAGCUCUAGGUUUUGAUUGGCCCACAGGUAUACUUGCACUGGCUUAUGUAGCCAAUAACUCUACAUUAAACACAGCAAUGUUUUUAUUGUCGCUGUAGCCAUUUCAUCAAAAAGUGUGGGGCAAGUGGAAAAAUUAAAAUCCCUAAAGGAGCUUUUAAAAAUCUUUGGAAAAAGUAAAAACAAACACAUUUCUCCAUUAAGUGCAUUAAUAAAGCAGUUUGCAAUUGAAGUGUCUCAGUAAACCUUUUCAUUGAUCAGCAGCAAAUGAUAGGAGGUUCGUAACCAACAAUGAUAGGCAGAGUAGAUACAGCUACUAUAUAUAAGGACCAACCGUGAACUGAUAAGAUAUUUUCCCAUUAAAAUUAAAAAUUUCUCACAUAACACACAGUUGUGUUAUUGUAAAGAAAAUAUGCCAAAAUUUCCAGACCACAGUCUUUUAGGAGUGUGCCAUUUAAGUAACUUGUAAGCAUUAAGUUUGUUGGGAAGCUUUUAAAUUCUGCAGCCUUUCAAAUGGUACUGAAAUGAAAGAUGCUCAAUUUCACUAAACUCUCUCUGCUUGAAAUUGUAGAUCUGACUCCUUUAAAACAAAAUUUAAGACACAAUUUCUUUAUAAAUUCUGAAUUUAUACAAUUAUGAAAAUUCUUCAUAAUUUUUGAAAUUACAACUUUCUAAAGAACUCUUCCAUUCUAAAUAAGGUGUUUUGGGGGUGUGCGUUUUUUAAUUUCCCAUUUUUAAAACAUGUAUUGUUUUUGUACAUUUGUUUGCCACAUACAUUUCAGUCCCAUUCCAUUUUACACAUUG